UCACGUGUCGUUGAGUCAGCCAAUAGCAGCCGGGGAAGCGUUGAGAAAUAAUUACCUGCCUUGAUUGUUCUAUGGCUCGACAAAAAAGUACACAUACACGCCAUAUAAUAAUCGGAUGCAUGUAAAAGAGUCGGGGAGCCUUCGACAUGUCGACCACGGGUCCCAUAAGUAAUUACUAUGUGGACUCUUUGAUCAACCAUGAAAACGAGGACGUCCUUGCAGCCGCUCGCUUCUCGGCUCCCGGUUCGCACUCCGCCGGCGCUCGUCCGACGUCCCUAGUGCCGGAGUGUGGCGACUACCCUUCCUGCAGCUUCGCGCCCAAGCCACCGGUCUUCUCCACCUCCUGGACCCCGGUGCACUCCCAGCCAUCAGUGGUUUACCAUCCCUACAGUCACCAACCCCACUUAGGCACAGACUCGAGGUAUAUGCGGUCAUGGCUGGAGCCCAUUUCAGGCGCCGUGCCUUUCCAUGGCUACGCGGGGAACAGCAGGCACUAUGGGCUGAAGCCCGACGCCUUCCAGGAGCACAGAGCCGCAGAGUGCCUCGGCUCCAGCGGACGGACGUACACGGAUUACCUGUACUGCUCAUCCACUGACAUGCGAGACAAGAUGCAGCAGAGUGUCCCUUCUCCCGAGUCGGAGCUGCUGGCUACAGGGAAACAUAAAGACGAGAAGCCGGAGCUAGAUCCGAACAACCCUGUGGCUAAUUGGAUACACGCUCGCUCCACGAGGAAGAAGCGAUGUCCGUACACAAAGUACCAGACUCUCGAGUUGGAAAAGGAGUUUUUGUUCAACAUGUACCUCACUAGAGACCGCCGAUUCGAGGUCGCGAGGGUCCUGAAUCUGACUGAGAGGCAGGUCAAAAUCUGGUUUCAGAACCGGCGAAUGAAGAUGAAGAAGAUGAACAAAGAAAAGAACGACAGCAAAGAACAAUAAUGUGGGGUGCAGUCACACAACAACCAUGAUAACUACUAGUGAAAUGGACAGCACAGAUGCACCAAAACACACGAUGACCCCCCCCCCUCUCCUCCUCUUCAUAAUUGUCACUUUGUUGAAUUUGUAUUAACCCUACCUUUGAGACUAAUGCUGUUUUUUAUUUUCCAGUGCAAAUUUAAGUAUCCAUCGUAUAAGAAAAAAUGAGACGAUUACAUUCUGCGUUUACUUCGAUACCUUGAUGUUUUUUUUUUUUUUUAAAGAGAAAUCAUUCAAGUGCAGUUUGGACACGUUAAAACUGUCGGAAGAAAGAGAAUACUUGAAUUCUUGAAUUUUACAAAACCCAUAAUUUAUGAUGUGAAUUGUUUCUUUGAUUUGUAUUCCUUUUGUAUACGUUGAUGUGCAGGUGUAGUAUUUUGUACAGAAAAAGAACAUCUGCUACCGGACGUGUCUGUCUGUCUUGAAAUUUUUGUGAUAAUUGUUACCGUGUUUGUGCAUCUUUUUUUUCGAUUGUAACCUACGAGUUUAACUAUACACUGUAGAUAUAGAUCUCU